UGGCCUGUGGGCGACACCGCGUCCCUGGUUCCAGCCCGGGCGCACCGCCGGGGACUCGAAGCAAGUGGGAGGGGACGCGGACAGUCCAGCACGAGAGGGGCCUCAUAAGACGCGCGGCCCCGAAGGCCCUCGGAGCGCAGCCCCAGCCUCUUCUCGAAAGUCAGUCCAUUUUCCCUAGGGCACGAGCGCCCGGGGACGCCGGGGGCUGCCGAGCUGGGGGGGCGCUCAAGCUGCGAGGAUCCGGGCUGCCCACGGGACGAGGAGGGGGCGCCCAGGAUGGGGUGUGUGAAGUCCAAGUUCCUCCGGGAUGGAGGCAAGGUCUCAAAAACGGAGCCCAACACCAGCCCACACAACCCUUUGUAUGUGCCGGAUCCCACGUCCUCGGGCAAGCGGUGGCCUGACAGUAGCAACGGCAACCCACCAGGGUCCACAGAGGCAGGUUCUGAGGAGAUCACUGUGGUUGCCUUGUAUGAUUACGAGGCCAUUCACCAUGAAGACCUCAGUUUCCAGAAGGGGGACCAGAUGGUGGUCCUGGAAGAAUCUGGGGAGUGGUGGAGAGCACGAUCCCUGGCUACCCGGAAAGAGGGCUACAUCCCAAGCAACUACGUUGCCCGAGUCAACUCUCUGGAGACAGAGGAGUGGUUCUUCAAGGGCAUCAGCCGGAAGGAUGCAGAGCGCCAACUCCUGGCCCCUGGCAAUGUGCUGGGCUCCUUCAUGAUUCGGGACAGCGAGACCACCAAAGGGAGCUACUCUUUGUCCAUGCGAGACUACGACCCCCAGCACAGGGACACAGUGAAACAUUAUAAGAUCCGGACCCUGGACAAUGGGGGCUUCUACAUCUCCCCCCGGAGCACCUUCAGCAGCCUGCAGGAGCUGGUGGCCCACUACAAGAAGGGGAGCGACGGACUCUGCCAGAAGCUGACAGCGCCCUGCAUGUCCUCUAAGCCCCAGAAGCCUUGGGAGAAAGAUGCCUGGGAGAUCCCCCGGGAGUCCCUCAAGCUGGAGAAGAAACUUGGAGCUGGGCAGUUUGGGGAAGUCUGGAUGGCCACCUACAACAAGCACACCAAAGUGGCCGUGAAGACGAUGAAGCCCGGGAGCAUGUCUGUGGAGGCGUUCCUGGCAGAAGCCAACGUGAUGAAAACUCUGCAGCAUGACAAGCUGGUGAAGCUGCAUGCCGUGGUCACGGAGGAGCCCAUCUACAUCAUCACAGAGUUCAUGGCCAAAGGCAGCCUGCUGGACUUCCUGAAAAGUGAAGAAGGCAGCAAGCAGCCACUGCCAAAACUCAUCGACUUCUCAGCCCAGAUUGCAGAAGGCAUGGCCUUCAUCGAGCAGAGGAACUACAUCCACCGAGACCUCCGAGCCGCCAACAUCUUGGUGUCUGCGUCCCUGGUGUGCAAGAUUGCUGACUUCGGCCUGGCGCGGAUCAUAGAGGACAACGAGUACACAGCUCGGGAAGGGGCCAAGUUCCCCAUCAAGUGGACAGCUCCUGAAGCCAUCAACUUUGGCUCCUUCACCAUCAAGUCAGACGUCUGGUCCUUUGGUAUCCUGCUGAUGGAGAUUGUCACCUACGGCCGGAUCCCUUACCCAGGGAUGUCAAACCCCGAGGUGAUCCGGGCACUGGAGCGGGGGUACCGGAUGCCUCGACCAGAGCACUGCCCCGAGGAGCUCUACAACAUCAUGACUCGCUGCUGGAAGAACCGCCCCGAGGAGCGGCCCACCUUCGAAUAUAUCCAGAGUGUGCUAGAUGACUUCUACACGGCCACCGAGAGCCAGUACCAACAGCAGCCGUGAGGGGGGGCGGCCAGGCGGGGCCAGGCACUGAGGCCAUGCCUGCACGGUGGCUCCAGUGCCAUCUGCCCAGCACCCGCUCACCCUUCCCACUCCCAGACACCCACCCUCUCUCCAGCCACAAUUCCUCAUCUGUCAAGUGGGUGGGUUGGACUGGACAAUCUCUUUUUGACUCUAGCAACCCACAAUCUGCCAAUCUCAGGACACCCCCGGUUGAUAUUUCUAUUGCCUGGGACAGCUGGAUUCCAGUUACAGCUGUGGUUUGGAUGGAGAACUUUAAAAAUAAUGAAAUAAAUAUUUAAAUAAAA